AUGAGUUACGAUAUGAUUCGUAUAUUAGAGUCGACCAUAAAGGACUUGGAGCAAAGAGGGGUCAAAGUAGAAUAUAUCAACAUAACCCAAAUGUCGUCUUAUAGGGGAGACGCUCAUCCAGCGACUAACAGAAUGUUUUGGGGAGUCGACAUUGAACGACGGUUGAAGAAUGAUCCGAUGCAUUUCGCGGAUUGCUUGCUUUGGUCGAUUAAAAUCUCGCACGGAGAGCCCGAGAGAAGAGGAGCAGUGGAUUUGCUGGCGGCGGCGGUCGAUUCGCAUAGAAGAGUCGAGGAGCAGCAGCGGAUGUCGAUUCGCACAGAAAAUCCAUUGAGUAGAGGAGCAGUAGGUGCCGGCGACAGAGAGUUGAAGAGAAGAGGAGGAUUGGAGGUGCCGACGGCAGAAGUCGAUCGGAAAUGA